ACGCUAGGUGGGAGCAGCAGCAGCAGCCACUUCCUCCUCACCGACUCCCAGAGAUCCCCACCGCCAAUUCCCCGUCCUAGAGAAGGACAUCGAUGCCCCGGUCCUCCAGGAGCCCUGGGGACUCGUGUGACCAACCCGAAAAUGUGGCCCACGGCCCCAGGGAGGUCAGGCCCAGGAGGAUCAUCCAACGAGGCCGGAACAUCUGCAGGACGACAGAGGCGCCUUCGUCAAACGCAAGUGACGCCUUCCUGCUGCCUGUCCGCGCCAAUGCCCCGGGCCUGACCCAGUGCAUGCUGGGAUGUAUGUCCUGGAUCACCUGCCUGGCCUGCUUCCUGAGGACUCGGGCUCACCGGGUUCUGUUCAACACUUGCAGAUACAAGCUAUUCAUCCACAAGCUGAUAGAAAAAGCAGGUGUUCUGAUCCUCUGUGCUUUUGGAUUUUGGAUGUUUUCUGUGCACUUACCAUCCAAAAUGGACAUCUGGCAGGAAGACAGCAUAGAUAGUCCACUGCAAAGCUUCAGGAUGUACCAAGAGAAGGUGCGACAUCAUACUGGGGAAAUCCAGGACCUCCGAGGUCACUUGAACCAGCUCAUUGCCAAGCUCCAAGAGAUGGAAGCCAUGUCAGAUGAGCAAAAAAUGACCCAGAAAAUAAUAAAGAUGAUCCAAGGAGAUUACAUUGAGAAGCCGGACUUUGCCCUGAAGUCGAUAGGGGCCUCCAUCGACUUUGAGCAGACGUCAGCCACAUACAACCACGACAAGGCCUGCUCCUACUGGAACUGGAUCCGGCUGUGGAACUACGCACAGCCCCCGGACGUGAUCCUCGAGCCCAACGUGACACCUGGCAACUGCUGGGCCUUCUCGGGUGACCGCGGCCAGGUGACCAUCCGACUGGCCCAGAAGGUCUACCUGUCCAACCUGACCCUGCAGCACAUCCCGAAGACCAUCUCACUGUCGGGCAGCCUGGACACCGCCCCCAAGGACUUCGUCAUCUACGGCAUGGAAGGCUCCCCCAAGGAGGAGGUGUUCCUGGGGGCAUUUCAGUUUCAGCCAGAAAAUAUCAUUCAGACGUUCCAGCUCCAGAACCAGCCUCCCAGGACGUUUGGGGCCGUCAAGGUGAAGAUAUCCAGCAACUGGGGGAACCCACGCUUCACCUGCCUGUACCGAGUACGUGUGCAUGGCUCUGUGACUCUACCCAGAGAGCAGCCUAACUAAAGCCCCCACCCCAAGAGAGAUUAAAGUUUAUUCUUCACGCCCAA